AUGAGUUCUUUGGGUGGUAUCGGUGCUCCACAUUUAAAGAAUUUAAUUGCGAGAUUUAGUUUAGUGGACAUCUGGCGAAAACAACACCCGACUGAUCAGCAGUUUACGUGGCAAAACAGGCUCGGAACGAUUAAAUGUCGCUUGGACAAAUUUUAUAUUUCAUCUUCGCUUGCAAAAGACUAUGACAUCGAAAGUACUAUUGAACCUUGUCCAUAUUCGGAUCAUAAUAUAGCAAUUAUUACGUUGAAAGUGGAACGCUCAAGUAAUAACGUUGGUCCUGGAGUUUGGAAACUCAAUUCCUCCAUUUUGAAUGAUACGACUGUUCGGGAUAAAGUAGUGGCAUUCUGGAGCGAUUGGCAGAAAAAGAAACAAUACUUUAGUAAUGUUGGCGAGUGGUGGGACACCGGUAAAUCAAGAAUCAAAUCCCUUCUCAUCAAAUGUAGUAAAACAAAAUUGAUUAAAUCGAAACAGGAACGGGCUCGAGUAUUAAAGAGAUAUCGUACAUUGGUUGCAAAAGAUAACUUAUCGGCAAACGAGGUUGAGGAACUCGACGCAGUCAAAUCUCAAUUGGGAACAAUUGAUUUUCAGCGAGUUGAGGGCAAUAAAAUCCGAUGUAAAGCGAAGUGGGUCGAAGCAAAUGAACAGCCUUCGAGGUUCUUGUUUCAACAAGAGAAAAAGCAAGCUGUCAAGAAAACUUGUCCGGCUUUGCAUACGGCUGAUGGGCGCAGGGUAACUGACCAGGAAGGUAUCAUGAGCGAACAGGUUAAGUUUUAUAAAACUUUGUAUUCUAAAGUACCUACGGACAGUGCUGCACAAGAUCGCUUGCUCAACUUAUUAGAGCGAAAACUGACAGACGAACAACGUGACUCGUGUGAGGAUUUGUUUACUGCGAGUGAAUGUUCAGCGGCCUUAAAGUCAAUGUCACGUGGUAAAACGCCCGGUUCGGACGGCCUCCCAAAGGAGUUUUAUAUCACAUUUUGGGACAUGUUGCGGGAGGACUUUGUCGAGAUGGCGAACAAUUGCAUUGCAGAUGGCAUAAUGCCUGAAUCCCUGCGUCAAGCUAUGAUAUCACUCCUGUACAAGAAAGAUGAUCCUGAGUUAUUAAAAAAUUGGCGUCCAAUUUCGCUGUUAAAUGUGGAUUAUAAAAUAAUUACGAAAGUUCUUGUCAAUCGAAUGAAACCUUUAAUGUCCACAGUGAUCGACCCCGACCAGUGUUGUGCCGUACCUGGCCGUUCCAGCGAAGAUAAUGCCACCCUCCUUCGUGACAUUUGUGAUUAUCUCGAAAUUCAUUCUCAGACAGCGUGUGCGUUUAUAUCUCUUGACCAAGAAAAGGCCUUUGACUAUGUUGAUUGGAAGUUUCUUGAUAGGAUACUUGAGACUAUGAACUUUGGCCCACAGUUUCGUUCUUUUAUCACUUGCAUUUAUACGGACAUUCAGAGUGCCAUAUUAUCAAAUGGAUACGUGUCAGAAUUUUUUAAUGUUCAACGUGGUGUUCGUCAGGGCUUCCCUCUGUCUCCACUUCUAUUUGUGCUCGUCGCAAAGGUGUUUGGUCAAGCCAUUCGUAAAUGCCCGGAAAUUCAAGGUUUGCGUCUUCCCGGUGGCAAAGAAGUCAAAAUCUCUCAGUAUGCUGAUGAUAAUACUUGUAUCGUUACAAACACUUAUGGAAUUUUUAAGGUUUUUGAUGUAUUUGAUGAAUACGGUCGAGCGUCUGGGGCGCGACUCAACAGAACUAAGUCAAAAGGUCUUUGGCUGGGCAGAUGGCGCUGUCGCACAGAUUCUCCAUGUGGGUUAGAGUGGGUUAAUUCUCGCCUUAAGAUUGUCGGUGUUUAUUUUGGUGACGAAGGUGCGUGUUUGAAAUCGUGGGAGGAAGUCUCGGCAAAGUUCAUCGCGGUUAUCAAGAAAUGGGAAUCGCGGUUUUUAACUUUACGUGGGAAAGUAACGGUGCUUGAUAGUUUGGCGGUCUCAACGAUCUGGCAUGUCGCGAAGAUUUACCCUCCUACUCGUGAAAUGUUAGAUUCCCUCCAGUCCCAAAUAUGGAAGUUUGUCUGGUCCAAAAAACCGGAAUUGGUACGUCGCGAAACAUAUAUGUCGAAUUAUGAUCAUGGUGGUCUUCGAGUCAUCCACCUCGACAUUAAAAGCAAGACGUUAUUAAUUGGGCGGAUUUUCUGA